UCUAAUAUACUGUGACAGUGAACUAUGCGUUCUAUUCGGGGGGGUAAUUGGUCCACAGAGAAUGCGUUCCAUUCGGGGGGGGUUAUUGGUCCACAGAGAAUGCGUUCUAUUGGGGGGGGUAAUUGGUCCACAGAGAACGGUGAGAAUGACUGUGCGCUCUAAGAUACAGUGACAGUGAACUGUGCGUUCUAUUCGGGGGAAGACGAGAGCGGCCAGUGCAGGCGGAGUGAGGCUGUCAGGCUGUGUCAGCGGCGGUAGUAAAGAGCGGCAGAGGGUCUAAUCGUGUCAGGCCGAUGGGCAGUGAUAAUGGAGAGAGGAGUGUUUUGGAGUAGCGUGGGUGCAGUGCACCGCCAAGGUUAAAGCAAUUGCACAGGCAUAUGAUGCACGGCGCAUGAUUUCAUCGUCUGAAUCAGUGUUUGCAGCAAUUGCUCUAUCGGCCACAGUGAAGACCGUGAAUGGUGGAGUCAUGGAUAUUUUGAUAGAGCCGCAUGCCAGAUAGUAGAUAGUAGAAUCUCCCGGACACAAUACAGGGUUCUCCCGCAUGCGAGAUAGUAGGUUCUCCACAUAGCCCAAUUGAGGGUGCGUUGUGUUGGCGAGACGAUGGUAGGCGGCGCACCCAAUGUCACAACGUCAGAUGAGGGUGCGUUGCGCUCGUGGGAAGAGUGUAGGCAGUUUCACAGAACGUCAUAUGUUGUACCAUCAGCUGGGCACAGUUUUUAGUUCCUCCUACCGUCUCCGAUCCCUUGGGCCGUGUUAUGCUGAAGUUGUACCAUCACCUACCGCCUCGUAUCCCUUGGGCGGCGUUGCGCUGAAGUUCCGGUCUGCCUCGUAUCCCUUGGGCGGUGGUACGCUGAAGUUCCGAUCAAUCGACCGAAGUAAUGCUGGAGAGUAUGUCUUGUUCGAACGGAACGGGCCGAAGGGCUACAUCUUUUGCAGAGAACACAUCUUUUGCAGCUGUUCUCUGCGUCCUCUGCUAUAUCUGCUGCUGCUGUUCCUGGUGUCCUGCGCUCCCAUGGCGGACGCUUAUACUUUCCAUUCAUUUGGUUGAGAUCGCUUCAGCCCACAUCUCCAUUCAUUUGGUUGAGAUCGCUUCGGCCCACAUCUUUUGCAGCUGUUCUCCGCGACCUCCGCUAUAUCUGCUGCUGCUGUUCUCGGUGUCCUGCGCUCCCAUGACGGACACUUACACUUUCCAUUCAUUUGGUUGAGAUCGCUGCCGAGGAGUCCCUGUUGGUGCCAUGAGGGGAACGGCAAGCAACUUGGUGGCUCUCUCUUAUGGACCCUUUCAUUCCGUAUCUCUGAUGGGCCCCUCCCCUCAAGUUCGCUGCUGCCCCUUUGCGUCAGCUCCUGUGUGGAGUAGAAGAGCAGCCUUGUGUGGUCAGGCCAGGGACGGGCUCCCUCCACUACACAAUUUCCCAAAGGUAUCUUGAGCUGCUAAUGGUCCUGAUGCUUUCGAAAUAUUGUUUGGGUCGGAGUCUAUCUGGUCAAGCUAGAUAUGUGCAGAAGCAGCAGAACGUUCGUGUACUGGACAGGGUGGGUUAUGCCUUUCACUUCCAAGUGAGCCAUUGGACUGAGAUUUGAAAUUUGCUCUCUCUAUUCUUAGGGGUAAUAGGGAAAAUAGCUGGUGUUAAACUGCAUUUGAGACGAGAGAAGGGUACAAUUUGUCAACACUC